UCUCUCUCUCUCUCUCUCUCUCCAUAACCUACCAUAACAAACCAAGAGUAAGGAGAAGCAGCUGCAGCAGAGAAAAUUAACGCAAAAAUGGCGGCGGAAGAGCCAUUGAAAUCAACUACAGGAGAAACACUGAAUCCAAACCUUAAUCCUAACCCUAGCGCACAAGAUGACGUUAACGGUGAUGAGCUGGAAGAAGGGGAGAUCGUGGAUGAUGAGGAAUCGUCGGCUAAGAAAUCGAGCGCUGUAACCUACCAGCCGCACCCUCUCGAGCAUCAAUGGACAUUUUGGUUUGAUAACCCUUCUGCUAAGUCUAAGCAAGCCGCCUGGGGAAGCUCUAUGCGCUCUAUCUAUACUUUUGCUACUGUUGAGGACUUUUGGAGCAUUUACAAUAAUAUCCAUCAUCCAAGCAAGCUGGUUGGGGGCGCUGACUUUUACUGUUUCAAACAUAAAAUUGAGCCAAAAUGGGAGGACCCUGUUUGUGCUAAUGGAGGGAAGUGGACUGUAACUUUUAGUGGUAGAGGGAAAUCUGACACCAGUUGGUUGUAUACGUUGCUGGCUAUGAUUGGAGAACAGUUUGAUCAUGGAGAUGAAAUCUGUGGAGCAGUUGUCAAUGUCAGAACGAAGCAGGAAAAGAUAGCUCUUUGGACCAAGAAUGCUUCAAAUGAAGCUGCUCAGCUAAGCAUUGGAAAACAAUGGAAGGAAUUUCUUGACUACAAUGAUACUAUUGGGUUUAUAUUCCAUGAGGAUGCAAAGAAGCUUGACAGAAAUGCCAAGAAUCGAUACACAAUAUGAGUUGUACAGAGCAUAGGAAAAUGCUUUCAUGAUGCGAAGGGUGGCCUGAAUGCCUUAUAAGAAGCCAACAUCUGUGACAGCUUAAAUCUUUAGAACAUAUUGCGAAUGGUUUUUUUUUUUUUUUUUUAAGCCUUUUGCUGGAGGAUUUUUACUUGGAUAUGUAAUACUGAUUUCAUUGAAAUCCAUUUUUUAAGAGCUUUUUGUCCCAUCUUUUAA